AUGCCAUUGAUAAUUAUCUGUGGCAUACCUUCAAGUGGCAAAACAAUAAGAUCAAAUCAAAUUAAAAAUUAUUUUAUUGAUAAAUUUAAAGCUGAAGAAAAAUCAAUAAAUGUAAACUUAAUUAAUGAUGAGAAUUUGGGAAUUGCUAAAGAUAGUUAUCAAGAUACUAGAGUAGAAGAAAAAAAGGCUCGUGGUACAUUAUUAUCAGCUGUUGAAAGAUUGGUUUCAAAAGAUGAUUUGGUAAUUGUUGAUGGGAUGAAUUAUAUUAAAGGGUUUCGUUAUCAACUGUAUUGUGUUUCCCGUGCUGUUGGUACACCUCACUGUGUAGUGCAUUGUGGAACACCUGUAGAAUUGGCGAGAAAAUGGAAUUCAAAUAGAGAAAAUGGAUACAAUUCAACAUUAUUUGAAGAACUUGUUAGUAGAUUUGAAGAGCCAGAUGAUCGUAAUCGUUGGGAUUCUCCACUGUUUACCAUAUUAUUUGAUGAUACAAAUUUACCAUUUGAUGAAUUAUGGAAUUCUUUGAUAUUAAAAAAACCAAAACCGCCCAAUUUAUCAACAAUCAAACCAAUUAGUGAAACCAAUUAUUUAUAUGAACUAGAAAAAACCACACAAGAAAUAAUUAAUGAAAUAUUAAAAGCACAAAAAAAUGAUGUUAUAGGAAUUAAUACAAACAUAAAAAUAACUUUAACAUUAUCAGAACUAAGAAGACUUAAAAAACAAUUUACAAAUAUUAAUAAGAUGCAUACACUUUUGGACAUGGAUAGAGUUGCUCAAUUAUUUGUUGAAUACUUGAAUACUAAUCUUAAUAAUUAA